UCAUCUGUCAAUAUUGAAGUUUGCUAAAAAUAAUAGAAGAAAAUAAACGGGAAAUUAAAAUUAUUGUUUGUUCUCAGAUUUCUUAGUGUUUUUUCAGCCAUCUCUCAUCAGUGAUUUCAUUGCAGUGCAUGAAUACGUUAUGUUAAAAUACAUAUUUAAUUACAUGUAUAUUUAAAUUAUAUUUAUUUAAAUUUAAAAUGUUUUCUUCGUUAAAAAAAAUAUUUAAAUGGAAUUCCACAAAACCUACAGAAAGCAACAUGAGCAAGAAAUCAUUACUUUUAGUUGCUUUUACGAAUGCCCUUCAAGAUGUUUUAUUUUGGAAUAAUUUAUGGUUGUCUUUGUUAUUUAUUUUAUAUUUUCACUUAACUUUUAUAGCACUGUUCUAUCGUCAAUUUAAUAUAAUGCAAAUAAUAUGUGGAUUUACUAUUCUUAUUGUGAGUGUUGAUGCCUUUGAAGCAUGGUUGAAAUAUAAACAUCGAACAACUUGUUUGAAACGUUUGGCUCAAAAUGAUAAUAACCGAUUAUCACAAUCACUAUUUAAAAUAUCUCAAUGGAUAAAUAAUCAAUUUUUUAACUACAUUGACUUACGUGAAAAUAAUCCUACUAAAGCUUUCCUGCUAAUGGAAAUAAUAUUUGGUACAAUUUUCAUCAUUGGAAGAUAUACAAAUGGAUACAUACUUACAUAUUCAUUUUGUAUGAUAUUAAUAUUUUUAAACAAAUUAAUACCUCCAUUAAAAAGAAUAACUAACAGGUUACGUCAAACAGCAGAAUCAGAUUUUGAAUUGGAGGGUCUUGUGCCAGAUGCAUCGGCUGAAAAUUUAGACUUACUUUCAAUUGAGCCAGAAGUUCAACCUUUGUAUGAUGAAAAACAAAGUUUGGAUUAUUGGAAGCCUGAGGACUUGCCCAUUGAAGAUGCAAGUGAUAGUUCAGAUAAUAGUAGCUCCUUAGUUACAAAUCUGUCAAUGGAAAAAUUACAGAAUUUGGAUAAAGAUGUGGAAGUGACAGACUCCAGUGAAGAAGAAUAUAUACCUCAAGAACAACAUGAAACGUUCAGAUCAUCAAUGGAAGUACAACCAGUUGGAAGUUGGAGCAAUUCUGCAUAUAAUGCUUUGUCUGCUCUAGGAGGUGCAGUAUCUAACAUUGUAUAUAGCUCCAAUGCAGAAACAAAGAGAAAACGAGUAUCUAGCAUUGACUCAUCUGAUGGUUUUGAAAUGGUUGAUAAAAAUGACAUACUGUAACUUAUUAUAUUUUGUGAUGUAAAUAAAAAUACAAUUAAGGUUUAGCUUAAUAAGGUGUAUUUUUAAACGAUUGUAUAGGAUCACAUAUCUUGUACUUAAUUAAAUAUUACAUGGCAUAUUAUCUAAUCUGGACAUUAAAUCCUGAUGUUGUUUUUUUAAAGCCCUUAAACGGACACUGUUAAUUGCAUUUCUUGUUACAAGAGCUUCUAGCAUGGGCCGUGAUACCUGAAAUCAAAUUCAGUCACAUUAGAGUCAUAUUUUUUGUAAUAAACAAAGCAAAACAAAGUUAAAAACAUGUGAAAUAUUUGGACUAAUUGGGUCUAAGGGUAUGUUAUGCCUCAUGGAACAUUUAUUAUUUAUUGAUUGGAAUGUUAGGAACAUUAUCAAUUUAUUUUUUAUAUAUUCUCUAUUUUUGAUACCCUCUUCAUUAUUGACAAUACUUCCAAUUAUAGUAUUACAAUAGAAAUUUAUACUAAAAAUUAAAUACUUCAUUCAUAUACAAAGUAAGUAUCUAUAUAAAUAUUGUUAAAAUAUUAAAUCAGUAAACCUUUUCCACAAUAUGACCAAUUGCAAUAGUUCUAACAGCUGUAUUGUGCUGUUUUAUUAUUAUGUCAUCGGCUUCAGUCUCUCCUGCUUCCAAUUUAAAUGCUUCAUCUUCUUCUUCUUUUAAUGUUGUUGGUAGUUGAGUUAGAAUCUAGGUGAAGUUGAAAUUUAAUGAGUGUGUACUCUGAAUCAAUUAUAAUCUUAGACAUAUUGUUAAAAGGUAAAUUCUCUUUAAUUUUGGUGAUUUUAACAUAAUAUAUAUGGAACUAUCUUAUAGCUUUAAAUUGAAUUCAUUGUAACUGUGAUCAAAUAAUAAAUUUUAAACUAUA